UACAUUACCUCUCCUUUCUUUGGUUUGUGCGUCUUCUAGCCUCGCACAGGCCAGCUGCGAGCCUAGAACGCCCCCCAGGACAUGCUCACGUCUGGACGUCUUUUCUGCACCGUCUCCAUCGUCCUCUUUUUUGUUAUUUCGUCGCUCAUGUUCUCCAAUGCACCUCGCAAGGAUCACCUUUCUUUAUCAAAACGAGACUACAUCCUUAGGCGUCAGGGUGAUGGCAGUAGUCCAUCAGGGAGCGGACUGCCAAAUUCCACCGCUUCAGUAAACCAGCAGACGGGCUCAUUCACGAGCACGAGCACCACCGAUGCCUCUUUCUCCGGAACUUCUUCAUUCGAUUCAGUGCGCGAAACGACGGUUUCGACAUUCGUUUCAACUUCGACAGUGACAUCCACGAUCUCGACUACGUCCAGUAGUGGCUCAUUUUCUCCGACUUUCUCGUCACAAUCCUCUUCGUCGUCAACGUCUAGCACGUCAACUUCUUCCACGAGCACGUCCUCAAGUCCUCCGAUAACAACUUCUUCAUCGACUUCGAGCUCGUUACCAUUUGAAACCCCCACUACCACGACCACGUUGAGCAGCAGCUCAUCAUCAACGUUGUCGUUGUCUUCCGUGACCACCGCAGUUUCCUCUGAUGUCGUGAGGGCCACUACAGAGAUCAACGCUGCCACCAGCUCAACUACAUUUACCAUUGAUUUCGCCACUUCCACUGCUUCCUCCUCUUCCACCCCAUCUAGUGCCACCGAGACUGCUAUCAUUGCUGCAGCAACAUCAGAUGGCUUCUGGGCCAACAAGUCAGCUGUUGCCGGGACAUUUGCCGUCGUGGGAGUGAUCAUAUGUGCUGUCAUCGCAGCUGCGAUAUUUUUCCUGAUCAAGAGGCGGCAACGUCGCGAUUACGGGAGUGACUAUUUCCCGCCAGAAAAAUGGACCCCGCCAAUGUCAGAGCCUGGACUCAAGAGCCCGUCUCCCGGCCCGAGCAUAGUAGAGCUGAGCCACCCGCCCAUGGACGUCUUUUCUAAUCGGGAAGUCUUUUCCGAUAACCAUGCCGAAGUGGGCAAUUAUUACAAUUCCCAGAGCUCUCACGAUGGUCAUUAUUAUGGUGCGGAGACCAGUAUGACAAGAGGUCCGUUCUACGGUAUCGAUGGCACUCAAAAUUAUCCGCUCGGUUCUGCUCCGGAUAUUAUUCUCACCUAUGCGAAGGACGUGGAUCGUCAGUAUCCCGUAUAUGAAGACGAUCACAGAAGGGCUUCCACCUCUUCCUCGCCUCCUCGUCCGUCAACCAAUUCUGGACGCCCCUCCCCAACUCCUGGUCGAACAUCGCUCAACUCUGGACGCCCCUCACCAACUCUUGGUCGGAGGUCACCUACGUCCGGGCGCCCAGCACCUUCCUCCCUCGCGCAACACGCCUAUAGCACCUCCAACACGUCGACUACAAGCAUAAAGCCUGUCGCUGGACUGACAGUGCCUCCUUCCCGCAAAGAUCCUAGUGAUCGAGAUUCGGAGGUGUCUUCGAUUGAUUCGUUCUACGGUGCCUCCGCGUCCUCUGCGGGCCUAGCUAUCUAGACCCUAUCUCCUCUUGUAUCUUUAAAAGAUUAAAGGUGGAUGGAUUUUUCUAUGUAACUCUAGCCUUCCGGUUGUCGUACUCUUUUAUCUUUAUGUCUUUCUUGAUUAGUAUGGCUCUUAUCGCGCUUUGGUUUCUUUGGGCACAAAGGCGGUGGAGGCUUUCUAGACCGGACCAUAUAUCUUGAAGAUAUAGUCAUGUCACGAUAUUGUUAAAUUGAUGAGGAAUUUCUGCUAUUUGGAGUGAUCUUGUCGGACUGGGCUUUUCAGAGCGCUAAUGGGAGCAAC